AUGGUUGCCGGAGCCCCGCUGGAUUUUCCCUCCACCCAGGCAAGAUGGCCUCCCCUGUUGUUCCUUAUCCUGGCGGCCCCCUGGGUUGGAUUCGGCGGGAGCUGCCCCUCGAGGUGCGACUGCUCCUCCCAGGAGAAGGCGGUGUUCUGCAAUGGCCGGCGCCUGACGACCGUGCCCAGUGGGAUCCCUCCCGAGUCCGAACUAUUGGACCUGAGCCACAACCGUAUCCGCACCCUGCACCAGGGUAUGUUCUCCCGCCUCCGGGCCUUGAAGGAGCUGGACCUGAGUGAGAACAUCAUCUCCAACAUCGAACCCGGAGCUUUCAACGGCCUCCAGAAGCUGAUGACCCUCUGGCUGAAGAGCAACUUCUUGAAGAUAAUCCCAGCGGGGGUUUUCACGGGGCUCCCCAAUCUCACCGUCUUGGACAUUAGUAAAAACAAGAUCGUAAUCUUCCUGGACCACUCUUUCAAAGACCUCAUCAACCUCAGGAAGCUGGAGGCGGGAGAUAAUCACUUGGUCUUUGUUUCCAACCGAGCUUUUGGGGGUCUCCACCGGCUACAACAUCUCGUCUUGGAGAAAUGCAACUUGACUGGCGUCCCAACGCAAGCCCUCUCUCACCUUCACCACCUGGUGGAGCUCAGAUUUAGGGUCCUGAACAUCAGCACGGUUCCUAACUACUCUUUCCGGAAGCUUCACCACCUGAAGGUUCUGGAGAUCCAUCGGUGUCCUUUCCUGACGACGUUGGAGUCCUACAGCCUCUUCGGUUUAAACAUCACCUCCUUGUCAAUCACCAAGUGCAAUAUUAGUGUCAUUCCCUACGAAGCCUUUAAGCACUUGGUCUACCUCCGGUUCCUGGAUCUCUCCUACAACCCCAUCUCCGUAAUCCACGGGAGGAAACUGAGGGACCUCUUGCGGCUUCAGGAGUUCCACCUGACUGGUGGUCGGCUGGCGACAAUAGAGAACAAAGCUUUCCAAGGACUGUACUACUUCCGCCUCCUCAACGUCUCUGGCAAUGCUUUGCAGACCCUCGAGGAAGGGGUCUUCCACUCGGUGGGGAACUUGGAAGUCCUCCGGCUGGAUGGAAACCCCUUGGCUUGCGACUGCCGCCUCCUCUGGAUCAUCCGCAGGAGGCGGAGGCUGAAUUUUGAAGCCCAGCAACCGGCCUGCGCUAGCCCCUCGACAGUGGAAGGUAAAGUAUUCCGGGAAUUCUCCGAGGUGCUGCUGGACCACUUCACUUGUAGGAAAUCCAAGAUUAUAGAUCGGACACCUCAGAGCGUGAGCAUCGAAGAAGGAGGCCAGGCGAUGCUGAGGUGCAGAAGCGACGGGGAUCCGGCGCCGACUAUCUCCUGGGUGACCCCUCACAGGAUCCACUUGGAUGCCAGGCGCAAGGGGCGAGUGAGGGUCCUUUCGGAUGGCACACUGGAGAUCCAAUUUGCCUUGCCUCAGGACACUGGGCCAUACUGCUGCAUCGCGAGCAACGUGGCGGGAAACGACACCCUGGUGGCCCACCUCCAAGUCCGCCCGUUCUCCGUACGCCUGCCGAAUGACUCCUUUCUACCGAGCAACGUCAGCUUUGUCAACACCACGGAGACCUUCCACCUGAUCCUCGUGGACAUCAACACCCUGGUGGGGGUCCUCGCCAUUGGGAUCAUGCCCUUCCUCUGCUCCGUCACCAUUUGCUUCCUCCUCAUCUUACUCUGGAGUCGCAGCAGGGGGAGGGCAAAGAGCCAGGCCGACGGGCAUUCUCCCUGUUGCUCCCGCGGUUACAGGGCUGUAUCCUGCAAACCGGGGACAGCAGCCCAGAAACCGAGAUGA